AUGAAAAGUUCCUUCACCCCGCACAAUUCGCUGUCAGCCCCUCCGACAUCCAGACAGCGGGCCCCGGGCUCCUCGAGUCAACAACCAGACCUUCCCCGAGCCCGGCAUUCUAAAUUAAAGCAUUGCGACUUGGGCCCUGUUCAACCCGAGCCACUCGACUCCCCAGACCGCAGCAUCACCCUCAGCGAACUUGGGAACUCCAGCUCGCUCUUUUCCUACGAUUCUCCGGCGUCUUUCGAUUUCGGCUGUGCGGUGACGGUCAAACCUGGAAAUACCGACCGCCCAAUCCCGUUUGUCUUUGGCAUAUCACCAGCUCCUGGACGGACGCGUGACGACAAUAUGGUCAACGAACGAUCGCCUGCGAAGAAGCAGUCAGAGAGUCCUUAUGCCCCGAAACCCUUCUCUUCCGUCCCUCAAUUUGGACAGCCGACAAUGCCAUCAUCUCCCCUCCAUAGACCUCCGGCGAAGGACGCUAUGUUCAUCCAACCAAAAUCCCGCCCAGAACACCAUAGAGAGGCUGAAAGACCGGCACAUCCUCAUCUACAGGCCGCAAAGGACGUCAUCAAUCGACAUAUAAUCGAUCCUCUCAUGCCUAGAGCGCCAGCAGACUUUCAACCAGGUCUCAAAUAUACUCCUCCCAAGGCGAAUGCCAGCGCGUAUCGAGCACCUGCCCCUCAACAGACUCAGUACACGACCACUAAAGCCGCACCCAAACAAAUGUUCGGCUCGAUGGGUAGCACGUCUGGUGGUUUCCAAACUGUCAACCCAGGUAUUGAUAGAAGUAAUUACAUUGAUCUUACCAAGGAUGGCUACAGAGACCCAUACGAUGCCUCAGCAGCUGUUGACUCGCAUGAAUCAUUUACCUUCGUGGAUCCCGCAAAGGCACAGGAGGACCUCAAGGCUUUGUUGGAGGGUGCUAUCGAGGAUGAAGACGAUUUGCCUAGAACUCGGUCUCGCAAGAAGAAGAAGGACGACGAUGUUGACGGGCUCUUGGAAAAAUGGAAAAGCCUCGGAAUGGGAGGAGAUAACAAGCUCGCAGUUGCCUCUGACGAUGAGGAGGAGGAGGACGAUGAUGGUACUGUUGAAGGCGUCAAAGUCAAACUGCUUCCUCAUCAAGUAGAAGGUCUUGAAUGGAUGAAAGGCCGAGAACUUGGUACUGGAAAGAAAGGAGCAAGAGUCCCGAAGGGUGGAAUUCUUGCUGACGACAUGGGACUUGGCAAAACCCUUCAAUCCAUCUCUCUCAUCCUCACCAACCCAAAGCCUGCAGACGAAGCUACUAUCACCGAACGUAAGUUGCCUUCAGGCUUGGAGAAGACUACCUUAGUUGUUGCCCCUCUUGCUCUUAUCCGACAGUGGGAGGCAGAGAUCAAGGACAAGGUUGAACACUCCCACUCGCUUAGAGUCUGUGUCCAUCAUGGUCCAUCACGUACCAAACGUUUCGCGGACCUCAAGAAAUUCGACGUCGUAGUGACAACUUAUCAAAUCCUGGUUUCCGAAUUUGGUGGCUCUUCAGAACAUGCAGGUGGCGUCAAGGUCGGAUGUUUCGGUCUACACUGGUAUCGUGUCAUUCUUGACGAGGCCCACACCAUCAAGAAUCGUAAUGCGAAAGCCACUCAGGCUUGCUAUGCGUUGCGAAGCGAGUACAGAUGGUGCUUGACUGGUACACCCAUGCAGAACAACUUGGAUGAGCUACAGAGUCUCAUCAAAUUCCUGCGUAUCAAGCCUUACGAUGAUUUGAGAGAAUGGAAGGACCAAAUCGAUCGUCCACUGAAGAAUGGUAGGGGAGAUGUCGCUAUCAAGCGUCUGCGGCACUACCUGAAGAUCUUUAUGAAGCGCCGUACCAAGGAAAUCUUGAAGAAGGAUGGGGCUUUGAAUCCAGGAGGGAAGCCAUCAGCCUCCGGUGGAAACAACACCACUGGAUUCAGAGUCACCGACAGAAAGAUCGAGAAAGUCUUCGCCGAGUUUUCGCCUGAAGAGCGUCACUUCUAUGAACGUCUCGAACAACGUACCGAUGCCAGUAUUGAGCAGAUGAUGAGUGGUGAGAAGGUCAACUAUGCCAGUGCUUUGGUUUUGCUGUUACGUUUGAGACAAGCAUGUAACCAUCCGAAGCUGGUUGCUGGUAAACUUGCUAAGGAUAGCGAAGCUUUGUCUGCUGAGACUGGCAACCCGAAAAAAUCGAAGACUUCAAAUGAGGAUGCGGAUGUUGACGAGAUAGCAGACCUUUUUGGAGGUCUUGGUGUCGCCUCCAAGAAGUGCGAGGUUUGCCAGCUCGAGCUGGGAAAAACUGCUAUCUCCGAGGGAGCUAUCAGAUGCUUGGAUUGCGAGACCGACCUCAUGAAUGUGGCUCAGCACAAGUCAAAGAAGGAGAAGAAGAAUAGGCACAAGGAACACCGCCAUCGUGAGAAAAAGUCGGAACCUAAGCUUCUCACUCGUAAGCCGCGGAACCGUAAUGUUAUCGAGGACAGUGAUGAUGAGGAAGAAGAUGAUGAAGGAUCCUGGGUCGUAGGCAAGGACAAGCAAGGCCCGUUGACGCUUGGUAAAGCCGGUGGGUUAGCCGACGAGAAUGCUGAGGGUGGAGGCGAGUGGCUCAAUUCAGAAGAUGAAGAGGAUUCGUUCCCGGAUAUCAAGGACCUCCAUCAACACAAGCCGAAGAAGGAAGCUGCUGAUUCUGACGACUCGGAGGAAGAUUCCGAUUCUGCCACUGACUCGAGCUCUGACUCAAGCUCUGACGAGGACUCAGAGGUGGAAGAUGAGUUCGAUUCUUCGUCCGAUGAAAAGGCACAACUCGCAACUAUCGUCACAUCAACUAAGAUCACCCACCUCAUGAAGAUUCUUAACAGGGAAGUCGACGAGCACAAGUUCAUCGUUUUCUCGCAGUUCACGUCAAUGUUGGAUCUCAUUGAGCCCUUCCUGCGCCAACGGGGAUUCAAGUUCACUCGCUAUGAUGGAAGUAUGAAAAAUGACAUGCGAGAGGCCAGUCUUUCAAAGUUAAGAAAUGACAAAAAUUGCAGAAUUCUGCUUUGCAGUUUGAAAUGUGGAUCUUUGGGUCUCAAUCUCACUGCAGCAACCCGUGUAGUUAUUCUUGAGCCGUUCUGGAACCCUUUCGUGGAAGAACAGGCCAUCGAUCGUGUCCAUCGUCUCACCCAAAAGAUCGACGUAAUCGUCUACAAAAUCACUAUCAAGGACACAGUAGAAGAGCGUAUUCUCGACCUCCAAGAAAAGAAGAGAGAGCUUGCAAAUCAGACCAUCGAAGGUGGCAAGGGUGGUGCAGGCAAACUCGGCAUGACGGAAAUUCUGCAGCUAUUCCGCCGAGAUGCAGAGAACACUGCUCCUCAUUUUCCCACCGAUCGCAAGUAUGAUCUUGGUGCCAAGCCUAGAAUAUUAAAAGAGUUCCCUACCGUAAGCAGUCCUGGAUCUAGCCGGGAUGUGACGGCUGCGAGAGAGAAAACUUCCAAGGCGCGUACGAGUGCCACUGCUAGCAAAGAGGAUGCUGUGUAUGGCCGACGAUGGUAG